AGCAUUGAGCACCACCAUGAUUCUAUUCCUAAAGCCCCAUUUCGUUGCUCUUCCCUCAAAGCUUGUGUUCCCUUAUACUCACAAACCUUCGUUUUCCCUUUCUCUUUGCACCACAUUCUCCAUUUCACACUUUUCAACUAUCACACUCUCCUACGGACCUUCCCUUCACAAAGGAACCAACCCAUCCCAGUUUCAUCAAAACCAAAGCGAAGACCAAAACGACGACGCCGUUUUCAAUGAAGAACCCUUCACCAGAGUCUUCGACCUCGCCGCGCUUCGCGUCCCUUCCGCCGAAUGCUCCGCCCUCGAGAGCCGCCUCCGCGGCCACCUCCUCAACUGGCCUCGCGUUCGCAACAUCGCUCGGGUUCCCGGCGACGACGUCGACCCCGACCUCGCUCCUCUCUUAGGGAACCCUAAUAACGGCGAAGAAGAAGGAAACGGCCUCGUUUCGUUGCAACGCCGGAUUCACGGGAAAGCCGAGGGAGACGACGACGUUUUGAGCCCCGUGCUGUACCGGGAUAAGCUCGCGAACACGUUCAACUCUCGCGGGUUCGUGAAUUUCCGGAACCUGGCGAAGAUUUCGAGGCCUAAUAGGAACACGAAGAGUAAGAAGAAGAAGGAGAAAGCGGUUGAGGCUGAAGAAGAUGAUAAGCGUGUUCGGAAGAGUAGUGUUGUUGCGGUGGAGGUUGUUGAGGAGGAGGAAGAAGAAGGUUUGAGGAACUUGCUUGGCGAAGAGUUUGGUAGGAACAAGUGGAGGGGUUCGACGAGGUUGUUGCUUCUUGAUGAACGCUAUGCGAAUCGUGGUGUGGAGGAGUUGCCUGAGGCAAUUAAGGCUGUCUUGAAGGAGUAUGCAGAAAAGAGUACAAAUUUGAUUUUUGAGCUAGUUAGAUGCAAGUUGACUCUGUUUUACGAUUACUGGCCGAUGGAUGAGAUCUUGGAGACUUUGCUGCCUGAGGGUAUGAUUGUUCCUUCAGCUUUUGAGAGUGUUGGUCAUAUUGCACACCUGAAUUUGAGAGAAGAACAUUUACCACACAAGAAGCUUAUAGCAAAGGUUGUGCUGGAUAAAAAUAAGCCAAAGAUACAAACAGUUGUGAACAAGAUUGAUUCCAUUCAUAAUGAGUACAGGACCAUGCAGCUUGAGGUUUUAGCUGGAAACCACUCUCUUGUGACGAGAGUAGUUGAGAAUGGAAUGCGCUUUCAUGUUGACUUAGCAACAGUAUAUUGGAAUUCUAGGCUUGCGACUGAAAGACAAAGGCUUCUUAGUGGUUUUACACGGAAUGAUGUUGUCUGUGAUGUUUUCUCCGGAGUUGGUCCCUUGGCCAUAUCUGCCGCACGUAUAGUUAAGCGUGUUUAUGCUAAUGACUUAAAUCCAUAUGCAGUUGAGUAUCUGGAAAGAAAUAGUGUUCUAAACAAACUUGAGAGGAAGAUUAAGGUCUUUAACAUGGAUGGAAGAAGGUUCAUUAAGGCUAUGUAUUCAAGUGAUAAAGCUCAGUCCAUCACACAAGUGGUUAUGAACUUGCCAAAUGAAGCUGCCGAAUUUCUAGAUGCAUUUCGGGGAAUAUACAAAGGUAGACGCAAGGAUGGAGAAUUUACUUUGCCGAUGAUCCAUGUCUAUGGAUUCUCCAAAGCGGAAGAUCCAGAAUUUGAUUUUCACGAGAGAAUAAGAAUUGCGCUACUAGAAGUGGCAGUCAACGUAGACAUGCGACGUGUACGACCUGUUGCACCUGGAAAAUGGAUGUUGUGCGCAUCAUUUAUUCUCCCCAAAAGUGUGGCAUUUGCUAAUACUGCAGUUGAUACAUAAGAGCAGUUUUUAGAUUGUCAUUUAGUCAUUGCGUGCAGUAAGUAUUGUUCCGUUACAUUAGUUGCCUCAAGUGAUAUUGUAUAUAUAUGUAACAUGAUGUAUUUUUUUUCUCUCUCUGUAACUCUAGGUCUCUAGCAUUAUCAAUUAGUGGAUAUUCAAAAAAGUAAAUUCCAAUAUACCUAUAUUGAAUUGUAAGAGCUGCAAACGGGCUUUUACCAAGUAUAAAUUGAUUUUACCCUUUUGAAGGGGG